UUGUCGUUCGUUAUUACAGACAGAUUGUAACUUGCAUCCAUAAAUAAUUAUAAAGCAAAUGCCACCACGGGUUUACUUACGCCAUGAUGAUGAGAAACUAUUUUGCUGUUUUUUCGUAAAUGAGCGAAAGACGCUUGAUCUACGACAUUCGCAAUCUUACUGAAUGACGACGAUCAGAAAUUAGAGAAUAUUUCCGGUGACCGCGCCAUUCACUAUUACGGCUGUACCAUGCAGAACUUCGAUGAUCUCGAUAUAGAGGGACGUAAUCCUUCUCAUUUAUCAGGAGAAGCUAAAGAAAAGGAAGAAUAUGAUCGGAAGCGUAUAAUGAGAUGCAGCGUUACCGCUGAAGACGGUGCACUGAGACCCGUUUACUCCGAGACCGAAGAUGGUGAUAUAUGGUGUCAUAUCUGUAACGUUGCUUUAUUCGGGGCCCAUAAAUUGAUAAAUCAUAAUUUGUGUAAUCGUCACAAAAUGAAACUGGACGAGUGGCCAUAUCCGGUUAUGCUAUGGUCCAAACGACCGGAUGUGGCCAAGAUGGUCGCGCCAGUGCAAUCUACCACUAUCAGCGAUACCCUGGCGCCUGGUGAGCCAGUACCACCUGGUAUGGAAGAUCAAAUAACGCGGAUUACGUCGAUACAAAUGAGUUUAGAUCGCCAUCAAAGUUCGCCACUCGUCGGUCUCGAAUAUCUGUUGGAGUUGGUGGACAAUGAGUCCUGUGAACCGAGUUACACGUGUGUUUUGUGCGACAAGCGUGGCGAUCCGCGCACAGUAAUGGCUCACAUUACCAGUUAUAAUCAUCGAAUUACAUAUCUGAAUAGACACUUUUCAACUAUAUCGCGAGCAAUUGCAGAGUUACCGCGUACCCCUAACUAUAAGCGCGGGGCCAAUGAAAUAUCGGUGUUAGUGGCGAAAAAAAUUGAAGAAAAGUUUGGAAGAAUGAAGCCGCAAUUGGUAGACAAAUUUCAGUUUGAAAAGAAUAAGAUGCAAUAUAUCAAGAGGGUAUAUCAGGACGUUCAUUUUAAGGAAACAUCAGACUGUACAUUUAUGGAUGUUUAUGAUGUGCAAUGGGUAACCAAUUUUGAUGAAAAAAUGGCAGAAAUGAAUGGUAAUAAUUUGAAAAAAAAAAAUUCGCCUGAUAAAAAUAUUGAGGAUAAAAUUAAAAAAGAAGAGAAAAAAAAGGAAAAAGUAGAACCUAAAAAAUUAGAAUCUAAAGGAGAAGUUACGAAAUCGGGUUUUAAAAUGCGUAUAGUCAAUAAAGAGAAAAUGAAUCUUCGUAAAACCUCACCGAAAUCUGAGGAGAAUCCAAAAAAUUCACCAAAACGACCCUCGGAUGACAUCAAGUCGCUUUCAUCACUUUCGAGCAUAUCUAGCAGUCCAUCCCCAUCCCGUUCAAGAUCUCGUUCACCGAAUCGAAAUAAAAGAAAUUCCAUCGAAAAAAACACAGGAAAGUAUCGUAGUCACUUGCGACAAUCACGCGAUCGUGUCCGUGGUAGAUCGCGAUCACGAUCGCGAUCACGGUCUUUACAGCCUCUUAGGGAACGUGACAAGUGGGACAAAUACCGCGAGCAGAUUAGACGCGCCGAAGAAACACUAGAUCGUGCUUUAAAGUUUCACGAGAAGAAUCCUGAAAAACAUCCAUCUUAUCCAGACGAAUGGAAAAAAUUCUGGAAUAGACGAUACAAGGAACUCCAAGCCGAAGGUAACGAUCCAAGCAAGCAUGACUUCAAGCCAGAAUGGAUUGAGUUUUGGAACAAGCGGAUGCGCGAAAUCCACAAUGAACAACUUCAGCAGCGAAAAGAAGAAAUUAAAAAAAGAUUGGAAUUACCUGAAGACAAACCGCCGGAGAAGUGGAUUCCACCGAGGCGAGAACGAGAACGAGAAAGAGAGAGAGAAAGAGAAAGAGAAAGAGAAAGAGAAAAAGAGCGGGAACGAGAACGAGAACGAGAACGUACCCCUACGAAGCGCAGUAAGCUUGCCAUAGAAAGUGACGAUGAAGUAGAGUACGUUGGUACGAAAACGGUGAUCAAGUCUGAUUAUUACGAACGCCAUGAAGCCAGAGACCGAGAUUACACGUAUCCUACGUAUUCACGUGGAAGAGGGAACUUAUACAGCCAUUAUCCAUCGCGUGUUAGGCCGAUAUAUUACGCAACACCGUAUCCUGUAAAAAAUGAACCGGCCACUUCAUCGCCUAUCGCGGAAGAGGUAUUAACGGAAGAUCUUGAAAUAGUCGGUUUAUUGCGGUUACUCACAGCUCUUGAAGGACAAUUAGGUUCUCUUGGACCUAAGGUAGUAUCGCUUUUGUCAAAAGCCUUAGCGGCUGAGAAAGCAAAGCCAAAUUCCGCUGAAGAACUAUUGUAUGAUGAAGAGAUGAGCGUCCUAUUCGAGACCGUCAAAGAAAAACUCAAGGGUCAAUUGUUCGCGGGUAUGGUAGAGAAAAUGGCGAUUACGGCCACUAAAACGGCUGUACAGAAUAUCGCUAAGUUGCUACACAAAGCUUCUGAGAAUAAAAAGAAAUUAGAAGAACAGAAAAAGAAAGAUCGAGAAAUUCUGGAAACUAUUAAACCCGUAACAAGUUACAUAAAUCGACCCAUAUACUCAAGACCGGUAGAAAUAGCUGUCCCGGUUAUUAAAUCUGAACCAGUGAGCGUACCAGGUGUCGGUACAGUUGAUAAAGUCGCUAUUGCUCAACAGAUUGCCGCGGCUCUCGUUGCGCAAGGCAGAUCAAAUGUCUCGCAGGAAGAACUGGAAACUCUGAUUAACGCUGUCGUUGGUAUGGCAGAAGCAUCGAAACAUUCCGACAAACCAGUCACCACUGCUGAUUUUGUCAAAGGUCUAACGAACAGCGACACUACCCCUCCUCAAGUAACAGAGCCUGUCAAAACGGCGGUCAUUUCGGUUGAGUCUAAUCAAUCUCAGGUUUCGAAAACAGAACCGGACAAUUUGUCAGACCUCGAUCUAAAACUGAAAUUGCAAAAGUUUAAAGAUCUGAGCACAGAGGAACAACACAGUCUCAUAAAUUCUCUCAAGAAGCUUGAAGCGAGCGAUCCGACGAGAGUGGAGAAGUUGAGAGACUUCGUUAAUCUCGGCAUGACGUCACCGUCAAAGUCAUCGAUAACAGGAAAUAUAAAAUCACCAUGUUUGGAGAUUGAAAUGUCCAUUGCCAAAAGUAAAAAGAGCACUUCUCCGUUUUCCUCUCGUAAAGGAAAUCAGAAUCCAACAGACGAUGAAGAUAAGUGGAAACCUAAACUGGACAUGUUCGCGAAUGACGAAGACGAAGAACAACAAAUGACAAAAGAUAGUGAUGAUAAAACUAAGAUCAAGACGAUAGACUUGUCCGACGAUGAUGACGACUAUACAUACGAAGAUAUCUACAAAGCAGCGAGCAAGAAUGUGAGCGAGAACGAAAAAGCGAAGAAAUCGCGUACUUUUUCAUCGAAAUCGUGGUCUCGAUCGCGAUCGCGAUCGCGGUCACGAUCAAUGUCGAGAGUGAGAUCGCGAUCAAAAUCACCAAUAUCGAGAUCAAAGGAAAUUACAAAAACAAAUGAUCCCAACGCGAUACUAAAUGAAACUAAACGUCUGAUUGCAAACAUUAUGUGCGACUUACCGAACAAAUACGUUCCGAAAUCGUUGAGUCUGGGCGAGAAAAAACCCGAGCUCAAAGUAGGUUCCAAUGAGCCAGCACCGCCUGGUGCAAUGCCCUUUUACAAUCAAAAUUUUCUUUCAAAUAAUAAUCAAUCACGGUCGCAAGAACAGCCGAUGACCUAUCCUAACUUGUCGAAUCAACAAUUCUCAAAUUAUCCACCACAGCCACAAAUGUUUCCUAAUAAUCCCGGACCUGGAUAUAUGGACAAUAGUUACAAUUAUCAAGGUUAUGGAAAUCCAGUUAAUCAAAGUCAAUUUGGGGGACCGUCAAAUCAGUACCCUCAGCAAACAGCUUACGGUUCUUACGGUGCACAACAAACUGCGCCUCCGUCAAACUAUAUUCAACCUUCGUCUCAGCAAUACGAUCAUUACAUGCAGCAACAGCGGUUUUAUUGAACGAAAUGUUCUCUGUUAUCAAUAAUUUCUUUAAUGAACAUUCGCAUUGCGGAUUAUUAUGUCUGCAGGAUUAGGUCAGUUCUGUGAACUCGAAUGAAGUCCCAAGACUCGUUCUCUUUCCACGCACAGAUACUAAACUGUCUAAGUUCUGUACUCGUUUUUAUUCGUGCUUCAUAUAUUUUUAAUGAAGUUAAUCAGAUUCUAUUUCAUAAUUAGCCAACAAUAGAUGCACAUCACUUUCGUUUUAGUUUGCAGAAAUACUUCCAUAAUG